UAGGAAUACAAGUGGAGUCAAAUUUCUGUGCCUGUGAAGUGUGGCUUUUUGUAGCGUUUAUUGGGGUUUGGAAUCUUGAUGGAGAUUGCAAUGCAGAGUUUUGGGGAUCGGCGGCAGCAGCACAAGUAUCAGAACUGUGACAGCAACGGCCACAGCUAGAGUAAAAGCAACGCAACCAAUAUAAUUUGCAGAAAAUAAUGCAACACAAAAAGAUAGAAUAAUUACAAUGGGAAUGAAGGGCUGUGGUGGAGAGAUUGUGCAAGUCCAGGGCGGCCACAUUGUUCGAUCCACCGGACGCAAAGAUCGUCACAGCAAGGUUUACACCGCCAAAGGCCCCAGAGACCGCCGUGUCCGGUUGUCCGCCCACACUGCCAUCCAAUUCUACGAUGUUCAAGACCGUCUUGGAUAUGAUAGACCCAGUAAAGCCGUCGACUGGCUCAUCAAGAAAGCCAAAUCUUCCAUUGACAAGCUUGCUGAGCUUCCACCUUGGCAUCCUAUCACUACUAGUAACCAUGCUGCCAAGGCUGAUGAUCCGUUUCGAUCAUCGAAUCCAAAUCCAAAUCAAAAUCCAAAUGAAAUGGUAAUUGCAGCAGCUGAGCAGCAGUCAGAGUCCUCCGCCGGCUACAACUUUGACUUUGAGCUCCAUAGGCAAAGGCAAUCAGACAACGAAUCGAACUUCAACAUUCCGCCAUCUCUGGACUCAGACAACAUAGCUGACACUAUGAAAUCCUUCUUCCCCACAAACACUAGUAGCAACGCUGCUGCUGCUUCCUCCGUCGUCGAUUUCCAAAGCUAUGCACCCGAUCCCCAUCUUAUUUCAACAACCACCCAAGACCUCGGCCUCUCUCUCCACUCUUUCCAAGACCAAAGCCUAAAUAUUCAUCACAAUCACACUCAUACCCAGCAGUCCUCUCAAACCCUUUUCGCUGCCGCAAUGGGAAUUGGACUUGACUCCUCCAGUUAUCAGAGAAUGGUGGCAUGGAGCAAUGAAAACAGAGGACUUGAUGGUGGCUUUGUAUUCAACUCACACUCACACUCAUAUGCUCAGCCUCAGCCUCACCACCAUGGGGGUACCCUUCAGUCCAGUUUUACGCCAUCAGUUUCCGCCCGUGCUUGGCAGCAGCAGCAGCAGCACUCUUCAAUCUUUGGCACCCGCUUCGGUGCCUCUAAUGGUAGCUCGCCUGUCUUCUGCAUUCAAGGAGAGGAGGCUGAGAACGGUGUUGUUUCAGAUCGAACGGCUUCCACUUCCUCUCCCAAUUCCACCCGCCAGCUUUGACAUGAUCCAUCUUCACUUCCCACUAGAUUCUACCUAGUUAAGAAAGAUUGAGUCCAACUGAAUGAUCUGCCGAGGAAGGAACAGAAAAGAAAAGUAUCUGGUUUGGAUUUCAAACAUUCUUUUCUUCUUAUUUUAUAUUAAUUGGAUUCCACUCUUGUUUUGCUUAAAAUAAUUUGAUGGCAACUUACUGUUUAUUUAAGCGGGGCUGAUCUGUUCUGUUGGCUCAAUUUUUUUUUUCUUUUUCUUUGAGAAAAUGCUAUGUUUUUAAUUACUUGUAGUGGAUGUGACACAUGGUUAUAGAACGAGGAUGUUUCCGUA